CUCCGCCGCCAGCCCCUGCCUCCUUCGUCGACACACGCUGUCCCUGCUGCCACCGCCUAGGGGACCGCCUACCCAGUAGGCUCCGCGGGACCCCUCCGCCCAGCGAUUAGGCGCGCCUAGGCGGCCGCGGAAGAGCGCCUUCCCCACCGUCCCGACUGCCGCUGCCCAGUGCCCAGGCAAAUCCCAUCCCGAAGUGGUUGAUAUGCCCACCCUCUCACGAUCCAUGUUUAGGGUUGGCAGAGUCGCCUCCGAUCUGCUCCGCCGGUUGUCGCUGUUUCCUGCUCUUGCGCGACGAGAUGCCACACCUACAGUCACGACAUCUAAAUCAGCACAUGCUGAUCGUCUUUCUCACCAGGAUUGUCUUUCUCGGUAAUUUUGAUGCUGAUUCUUUUAUGAGAAGGGAAUUUUCUUUUGCCAGUUUACUCCAAACGAAGCCCGACUACCUAGGAAAAAAUCGAUGCUAUUGUUUUAGAAUUGCUAUUAUGUUGUAUACUCAGGAUUGGAAUACUGAAAUCAAUUUCAAGUUUCGUUUACCAUUUUACUCCAGACAGGAUAUGGACCGCAUUGACUAUUAUUCUUUUUUUUUCAUGCUAGGCUUGUUUACAAAUUCUGGAUACCUUGCCGACUCAUCUCCAUCGCUCAUGCCACUACAAGAUGCCUAGACACACAAAAUGUGGUAACAGAGGUGGACAAGGAGUUAAUAUAUUGUAAACCCAGAAUGGAUAGAGUAUAUCUUGUGCCUGUUAUAAAAAAUAGCAGCCACCGUGAUGGUGCCAUAUACAAGAAUAAGUUCAUGCGGGAAGACUUUUGGGAAGGUGAUAUUGCUGACCGUAACGAGACUCAAUUGGAGCCAAUGAUGUUCUCCAAGGCCACAGAAAAGUGCUUGCCAGUUGCGGGAAAUUGUUGGCUGCAUUUUCAAAAAGAAAUGCUCCAAUUUUUCUCAGUGCAGUUGUCCAAAACCCUUAUCAGCACUGGUCCAAUACAGUUAUAUGGAUACAUAGCAGCACGUGAUCUGAGGGAUGGCAUGCUUAACUAUGUUGUAAAUUAUAGCAGGGAUCAUCCGGUCAUCGUGCAGCAGGGUUCUCUUAUUGAAAUGACUGGCCCUAAGAGAGGCAUUGAAAUGAGCUCCAUUGUUUUAAUAGAGUUCGACAUGAGGAUUAAGAAUGGAAUGCAUGAGGAGGAGGAUCAGCAGCUUAUUGACGGAGCAAUAUCAUAUUAUGAUCGCCAUAGUGGCUAUCCGCCGAUCAGACAUCGCAUUUGUGGCAAUUAUGGCGCCGUUGACAUAUCAUUAGGAAUUGUUGAACAAGCGGUGGAGGCAACAAUAGAAGUAUUUAUAUCAGAAGUAACGAGUGGCUUCAGUUUAUGUCUAAGUUCUUUUGUCGAUGUUAUGAAUGACUAUGAAGAAAUCCAGCUUUUCCAUGGCACAAUUGUUCACACCGGGGCUCUCAGAAGGUUUGUGGUUGCUGUCUCGUGGGAUACUAUGAUGCUUUUGAAGUUCAAAGCAGGUAGCGAGGGAUGCAUCGACAGUCGACAGAUAAAGUUGCAAGCUAAGAAACAUGGAUGUGCCAGUCGACAUAUUGAAUUUAAGGUUGCUGCUAUUUCGGUUAAGGUGACUUGGCCCACUCCUAGUGUCUUUCAUCAUUAAGACAAUUACAUGCUGCUUUUGUGCUGGAAUUGAGUACUAUAUAGCAUUAAACCUAUUUCAGCGGAUAGUAGGGAUUGCCUCUACAUGUGUUUUUAAAGCUAAGUUUAUAUGCAUCACAGCA